UUCAAGCACAAUAUAGUUGACUAUUAAACUUGGUAUACACAGUAUACAUUAGUGUCUACCUGAUUUAUCUAUGGCAGCUGCAUACAAAUAAAUUAACAUUAAGCUUUUUCAACAGAAACCGAUAAAAUCAAAGUCAAAUUGUAUGUUGUCUGUUGGAUCUGACCUUAUGAAUCAUGACGACGAUUGAGUAUGAAGAAGCAGUAGCAGCAGCAGUUGUUGGCAUACUAAUCAUAUCAUACUACUUGUACUUCAUCAAAACUGCACGUGAUGACGAUGCCUGCAAGCCACAACCACCACCGGAGGCGGCCGGUGGCUGGCCACUAAUCGGCCACCUGAAAAUCUUUAGUGGCUCCGAUCAGCCACCUUAUGUUACACUGGGAACCAUGGCAGACAAGUACGGACCAAUAUUCAGAAUACGAAUCGGCGUGCACCCUGCCAUAGUUGUGAGUUCUUCAGAGCUAGCCAAAGAGUUAUUCACAACGCACGAUGCCAUAAUUUCUUCUCGUCCAAAAUAUACCGCCGCAAAAAUCCUAGGACAAAACUAUGCCAAUUUCGGUUUCUGUGCCUACGACAAUUACUGGCGCGAGAUGCGAAAGAUAACAGCCUCGGAGUUACUCUCCACUCGCCGGUUCGAGUUGCUUCGCGAUAUCAGAGAUUCAGAGGUGGGGUAUUCAAUGAAAGAGAUAUACAGAACGUGGUUGGAGGAAAGAGAAGGCUCUAGAGGGUUGUUAUUGGAGAUGAAUAAGUGGCUGGGAGAUAUGAACCUGAACGUGAUUCUGAGGAUGGUUGCGGGGAAGAGGUACUCAGCGAAGGGUGGCGAUGAGCGGCAGGUGAGGCGGAUCAGGUUGGCGUUCAGGGAGUUCUUUCGUCUUACUGGAGUGACGGUUGUUGGGGAUGCGAUUCCUGCUCUUAGGUGGUUUGAUUUUGGUGGUAAAAUAAAGGAGAUGGAGAAGGCGGCUAAGGAAAUGGAUGAGAUAGUUAGUGAGUGGAUUGAAGAACAUCGAGAGAACAGAGACUCUGGAGUGGCAAAAACAGAACAGGAUUUUAUUGAUGUGUUGCUUUCUGUCCUUGAUGGGGUUGAUCUUGCUGGCUUUGAUGCUGACACUGUCAACAAAGCUACUUGCUUGACGCUAAUUGCAGGGGCAACGGACACAACAACAGUUACCAUGACAUGGACACUUUCGUUAUUACUGAACAAUCGCCACGUUUUGAAGAAGGUUCAAGAUGAACUAGACGAGCAAGUAGGCAAGGAGAGACUAGUGAAGGAAUCAGAUAUUAACAAACUAAAAUACCUUGAAGCUGUGGUCAAAGAAUCACUGCGAUUGUACCCAGCUGGGCCACUAUCAGGGCUUCGUAUAUUCACAGAGGACUGUACCUUAGGGGGUUACCAUAUCAAACAAGGCACACGAUUGUUCUUGAAUCUUUGGAAGCUUCACAGGGAUCCUCGCGUAUGGUUAAACCCAUUGGAAUUCAAGCCGGAGAGGUUCAUAAGCAUGCACAGGGAUGUGGAUGUGAAGGGUCAGCAUUUCGAGCUUCUUCCGUUUGGCGGCGGAAGAAGGUCGUGUCCUGGCAUAACAUUUGGGCUUCAAAUGACGAAGUUGGCGUUAGCUGCAUUUUUGCAUGCAUUUGAGAUCACAACUCCCUCAGAUGCUUCUGUUGAUAUGAGUGCUACGUAUGGACUCACAAUCAUCAAAACCACACCGCUUGAGGUUUUCGCCAAACCUCGUUUAUCCCCUUCUGUUUUAUCAUUGAACACCCUUGCAUGAAUAAUGAAUUUGCAUAUUUUUUU